UUGAGCGUUAAACCUCCCAUUUAAUGCAUGUAGUACUUUUAUUUUGAAACUGAAGUUUCUUACGUCGCACAUGAAGAUGUAAGUGUUGCGCGCCAGUUCGUACAGUUCAGUCACAGCCACAUUAUAACAUUCGAUAAGUAUUGAUUCGAUAGAAAGCGACAAGUAUAGGAAUGUGGAAACUGCAGCCGACCGAGUCUGGAGGGGAAAGUAUCGUUCUGCUGCCGGUUCAGGAGUAUGUGGUCGGCCGUAAGAACUGUGAGAUCUUGCUGUCCAAUGAUCAGUCCAUCAGCCGUGUGCAUGCCAACCUCACCGUCACUGAGCAGGCGGUCACUCUAAAAGACAGCUCUAAAUAUGGCACUUUCAUCAAUGGUGAGAAGCUUGCGACCGGCUCCACAAAGAUCCUGCAGACAGGAGACAAAAUCACAUUUGGAGUCUUUCAGAGCAAGUUCAGUUUGGAGAAAGAGUGUGUUGUGGUGUGUUCCUCAUGUGUCGAUAAUGAAAGGAAAGCCUCCCUCUCUCAAGAUUUGCGCUCUAUUGGGGGGCGACUUGUCAACUCCUGGACACUUGACUGCACUCACCUUGUCAUGCCCACAGUAAAGGUCACCAUAAAGACAAUCUGUGCAUUGCUGUGCUGUCGGCCCAUAGUGAAACCUGAAUUCUUCAGUGCAUUUAGCAGAGCUGUGCAGCAGAAGCUCCCACUGCCUAAAGCCGAGAAAUUUAGGCCUCAGAUUGAUGAGCCCAGCCUGGCUAAAGAGGAUGUGGAUCUGAGUGCACGACCUGAGAGAAAGAGCCUCUUCAAGGGGAAAACUUUUCUGUUUUUGAACUCAAAACAGAUGAAGCGUUUGAGUCAGGCGGUGAGUUGUGGAGGUGGGGUGAGCCAGCUUUUGGACGAGGGCUCUCUGCCCAUUUCACUCUUGGAGUCAGGCAGCACCUGUGUGGUCGACAUGACAUCGGGGAACUCCCAGGCUCUGAUCCCUCCAACCUUCAAGAAGUGGGAGGAUUCUGUGGCCCAGAUUCUGCACAGAAACGGCUUGCGCUUUAUCACUGAAUCUGAGAUUGGAUUGGCUGCCAUUCAUGUCAAUAAUAAAACAUACUGCAAUCCCUGCUGUUCUAUGCAAUCUGAAUCGGUGAAAGUGAAACCAGUCAUUGCUGCAGCAACACUUUCUCAGAACACUGCUGUAGAUGAGACGGCACUCGCGGCACCUUCCCAGAAUAUCACAGCCUAUGUGCUCAACACUGAACUCUCUCAGGACCAGAGCAGGGUGGUUACAAGUGGGAUCAAUACAGUUGGUGAGAUUCCAGAGAAGACACUCCCCAAACACAAGGGCUCCACACUGUCAGUGGCAAACAAACCCUCAUCCCUCGGCCCAGAACCUUCCACCACUCGCAUUGUCAAUGAGACAGUGAUGUCAUCUGAAAGCUUCAGCGUGGUUGAACCUGAGCAGAGGAUGAAGAAAAGUUCUGCUUCCUCUGGCAGGGGGCGAGUUGAACCUGAAGGUUCUGUGAAAUUGACUGCACCUCCAAAUGCCAGCACCACACUAAAACGGUCUCCCCAGAAACAGACAGCCCUCACAAACUUCUUCCAGCCUGCCGGCAAGAAAAGGCCACGGGAAGACCGUGCCAAUUCUGUCCAGUCAGACGCCAAACUCUCCAGAAAAGACAGUGAGGUUAAAGAGGAUGAGAUCCAGCGAAGUUCCUUUGCCAGUAGAUCUCACAAAACAUUGCAUACAGCCCAAAACCAACACAGCUCAGUGUCACGAUCUGAGUUCAGUGCCAGUCUGGUUCAGGCUUGUGGGUCCAGUCAAAGCUCUGGCAGCAAGAAGAGAAAGGAACCAGAGCACGACACCGAGAAACCUGCAGCAGCCGCUGAUUUAGAUAUGUCACUUGAAGAGCUCGAGUCCAUAAUGUCUGAUGAAAUGGAUGAGCCUCUGCAGUCUGCAGCUAAUAAAAAGCAACGUCUUGAUUCAGGAACGAACAGCAGAAUCAAUAACCCACGAUUACCGAAUCAGCAAGAGGGCACUGAGUCCAAAAGCAGAAAAAGCACAAAGAAUCAGCAAAGCAUUGCCAACAAUUUUCAGAACUUGCAGUUGGACAGAACAGGCCCAGCUGCAACAAAUCAGGGCUCUGAGAGGCAGUCAAAGAGGUCAUCCAAUCAAACGCCAGAUCUGGAAGCGCAUAGUUCAGCAAAGACGGGGAAAAGACCAGAACUUGAAGAGGUCAAAGAAAAGGAAGUGUCUUUUGUUGUGAAUUCAAGGACCCAAAAUGGCAUUUCCCAGCACUGUGAGCCUGCAAUCAGACAGGAAAUGCAGGCCUCAACCUCCAAAUCUGGAUCCGUGAAUGACCCUGAGCUGCCCAGGAGGCUCCUACAGAUUCAGUUCAUGUCCCUGACUGUGAGCACCUCUUCCAGACCAAGACCCGGUCCACUACAGACCCAUGACCCUAAUGACAAGAAUGUGAAAAGGUUCCGCAAGAAAAAUGUCCCUGGAUUUAAUGGGCUGCCCAACAUUAUCGGAGGUUCGGAUCUGGCGGCUUACAAUCGCAGUAAGAACUCUGAACUGGAGGAAUGGCUCAGACAGGCAGCAGAGGAGGAAAAACGGAAUGAACGGGAGGAGAUUUUGGGAGAUGAUUUGUUCAGGUACAACCCUAGACUGGCAAAGAAAUAAUAGUUCAUAGUGCUGCUAUCUGUGAAAAGAUGCAAAGCAAAACACGUUUCCAUUUUUAUUAGAGAUUUAUUGAUCUAUAAUAAAAAAUACUCCGUACAAAACCUAUAUGUAUAUAUUAAAAGUUGGAGUUUUACAAAAUUGAGCAGUUGUAUUUUGCCUCCACGCCAACAAUACAUCACCUUGUGAAGCAGCUUUGACCGUCCUGCAUUUAAUUAAAGGACUUUACUUCUUACAGCUCUGAUUUGUCUUCUUAUGGUUUUGGUUCCUUCAAGUGUACCUUCGUCUUUUGAUGAUAUCUACUAUCUAAAGUAAACUGUCACUCCACACAAAGAUUCCCUCAGCAGUCUAAACUUACAGUAUGAAUGGCUGAGGUGAAAACUUAACAACGCUAGCUCAGAAGUUAUUUUAGUUAAUA